AUGACCACUCAAGACCAGGCACCACUUAUUGCAACCUCACAAGAUGAAGAACACAUGGAUCCAAAGUCGAGUGGUCUCCAGGUAGGCAAACUUGCCGUCGGAUCGCUUUUAUUGGCUUGCUUUCUAGCAAAUGCGGAUGAAUCCUUUGUCCUCACCACUGGGAGUGAUGUUGCCUCGGCUCUCAAUGCAUCCAGUUCUGCAGCAUGGCUCAUCACGGGGUACAACUUGGGCUACAUUCUUGCUCUUCCGGUGUACGGGCAAAUAUGCGAUUCGACUGGACCGAAGAGGGCAAUCCUUCUUGCUUUGACAGUAUACGGACUUGGCUGUCUGCUGACAGGAGUUUCGCAAAGCAUUCACUUGGCGGUGGCCGGUCGUAUCAUUUCAGGGUUUGGCGGAGCAGGAAUGAAUGAGCUUGUUUCUGUUAUUCUUAACGAAAUACAUAGCUUUGACCGUGUUGCCAUGUUACGCUCCUAUGUCACUACCGUGUCAAUUAUUGGGAUUACAUGUGGCGCCCCUCUGGGCGCGUUUCUCACAAGCUGGAUUGGAUGGCAAUGGGCAUUCCUGAUUCAUAUCCCAUUUGCAAUGAUUUGCCUGACCAUCAUCUCACUUUCGCUUUCGCUUUCUCCAACAAAGCCCUCCCCAUCUAUCACUCCCAAGCUAUCAUAUGGAUCAAUCGACAACCACAAGACCCCCGAAGAUGCCCCUCGCAAGUCGUUCGAUAUCUUGGGCCUCAUUUUGCUAUUUAUAUCUGUUAUCUGUUUCUUAGCCUUUGUGCAACUCAGCCAGGCAGAGAAUCUAGAAACAAAGUCAAUACUUCUGACCGUUUGUGCGGCAGUGUUUGUUGGGUGCUUUACAGCCUUCUGCCUCAAUGAGACUCGUUGGGCUCAAGACCCAAUGAUACAUUUCUCAUUGCUCAGUCCCAAUAAAUUCGGCCUGAUAUAUAGUGCCCAAGUGUUACUCGGCAUUGCACAAUUUUCUAUGGCGCCCAUUCUUGGGGACUAUUGGGUAAGCUCUCGGGGAUUAUCUCCCUCGGAGGGUGCGAUGUGCUGGAUACCGGGUACCAUCGGAUUUGCAUCCGGUUCAUUGGUGACUGGCAAACUAAUUCAAAAAACCCGUAAAUGUGUUCGAUGGACGAUUGUUGGAUUGGUGAUAACAAUCAUAAGCUUUGCUCUGAUACUUGUCCGAUGGACCAUCUUUGAACCUCACUUUUGGGAGAUACUAUACUCUUUCCCAGGAUGGUUCGGCAUGGGAAUGCUCCUAUCUUCGCAAUUCGCAGCUUUAUCUGCCGCAAAACCGGAGCAGAAUGCCGCUACGUCUGUCACUACGUAUUACUUCGCACAGCAAGUUGGAUUGAUGACUGGCAUUACCGCCGCGAAAGCAUUACUUAUUAAGGAAAUGAGACGUGGUCUGAAUGUGGCGCUGAAAGAUCAGCCUGGGCGUGCCAAGUUGAUCGACCAGAUAAUGAAACACCGGCAGCUCAUGGGCUUGGUGCCUCCUGCACUUGCAGAACCGGUGAGACUUGUCAUACAAAAAAGUUAUUAUGUGUCACCAGUCAUUUCACUUGCCUCUUUGCUUCUUGCGUUUUUCCUUGUGCUCAAGCAAAGGGACGUUAAGACAUUUUGA